AUGGUUACCGUCCUGGACUCAGACUCAGACGAAGAGACUCUUAUCCAACCUGAAGUGAUAUCAGGCCGGCUGCUCAAGGCAUUCAUCAGCCCUGACGACGACAGGCGGCGGCAUUCGCUGUCUAGACCACCGAGUCAACCAGGGCGUGCUGUUGUUGACAAGGGCUCGACGUCUUCCAGUUCCCGCCCACAGUCCAAGGCCUCAAAUGUUUCGGUAGUCAUCUCUGUGCCACUACGGCGGCCAAGUCCUUCGCCAGCGACUACCAGCCGUAAGAGAUCUCUAUCGUCCGAUGGGGAUAUCAACAAAGCCUUGUCUCAAAAGCCUACGGCAACUAAGAUUCCGGAUCACCAUGGUCUAAGUGAUUUCUACGCCGUGGGGAGUGGAGAUAUAAAAAGACCGUACCCUAAGUUGAAAAGGUUCGACCCGAAGAAGACUGAGAUACCCCGGUCAGGCGAGCGGUAUAUUCCGCCCAAGAGACGCAGUGAUAAAGAGUCAGCGUGCUCUCGUUUAGAAGAGCUUUACAAUAAGAAGCUUCAACGGAUCAAGGGCCCCCCAAUUCAGUUUAAGGCUAGCAAGAUCGCAAAAGAGAUCAAUUUUAACUUUGACUUCAUUGACUCCUAUAAGAUACACAGCGGGGUUAAUCAGAUUGAUCCGGAGUUCCUAUGGGGCUGCGAUUGUACAAAAUGCGAUGCUGAAUGCGAUUGCCUCUCUAAAGACUUAAUUCAUUAUGAGAAGGGUCAACGUGUACGGGCCGUCUUAAAGUCAGAGAUCCUGAAUAAGCGUACGGCAUUGAUCCGAGAAUGCUCGUCGCGCUGCAAAUGCUCUGCAGUCAAAUGCUGGAAUCAUGUUGUCUUCCGUGGGCGAAAAGUUGAACUGGAGAUUUUCCAGACCAAGAACAGGGGUUUUGGAGUUCGCUCGCCUCAUUUCAUAGAGCGAGGGCAGUUUAUUGACACUUAUGUCGGUGAGGUCAUUGAGCCAUCUACUAGCGACGCCAGAGAAGAAGCAAUUGACGUGGAAAAGUACUCUAGCUACUUGUUCUCACUCGAUUACUUCCCUGUUGAGGAGGAUGAGAAGGAUAAGGAUAUCUAUGUCGUUGACGGCCGCAAGUUUGGUUCAAUUACCAGGUUCAUGAACCACUCCUGCAACCCAAACUGCAAGAUGUUUCCUGUCACUCAGACAGACGACCACAGGGUCUACCACCUUGCGUUCUUUGCGGUCCGCGACAUACCGGCCGGCACUGAACUGACGUUUGACUAUCAUCCUGGUUGGGAAGGGGGGGAUGUUGACCCAGACGCAACGAAGUGUCUCUGUGGUGAACCAAACUGCCGUGGCCAGCUCUGGCCGGCAAAACGGAAAACUACGCGGCCCGGUGAAGAUAGCUCUUCCUCUGGCGAGUCUUCCGGGGAGUCUGAGGAUGAUGAAUGAGGAUGCACACUCUGCGGUACUUGAUAUACCGCCUUUGCCUUGCAUAGUCAGUCGCGUUCAUACUUGGAUUUAUCUUGGGUUACCGAUUCUCUCCUGUGCUUCUUCUUUUAGCGCUGCCCGAACUAGCUUAGUCCGAGCGUUCUUGUCACUUUCUUUCACCGUCUUGAAGCUGCUACUACUGUACACCUAGCAUGAUACCCACGUUUCGGAUUUACCUCAUUCACUGCAUGUGUGGAGUUGAAAGGACGUCGAAUGGGAUUUUAUCUUAAUUCAAUAAGUAUUUCUGCAUUAAAGUGUUGCCUAUCUUCUGUCUUAUCCGGUUGUAGGGAACAAUCGUAGACCAAGAGGGUAAAAAAAGGAGUAACGGUAAAUAAAAGGGGGAGAGAAGAUGAAAAGGCGAGGAUAGGGCAUCACAUACACUGAUAUAGGAAAUGUUAUACCUAUGAAUAUCUGGUAUCAUACAACGUUUCAAAAGGAUGAAUUAAAAAGAAGAA